AUGGUGUUUUGGUAUUUUUACUUAUUGGCACUCUCUUUUCAAGGUUCGGAUGCAACUGUUUUCACAUUAGAAAACAGAUGUAAGAACACAAUAUGGCCAGGGAUCCAAUCUGGAGCUGGACAUCCUCAACUAAUGGACGGCGGGCUAAAGCUUAGAGCCGGCCAAGCCGUAAACAUCAAUGCCCCAAAAGGAUGGUCAGGCCGAUUCUGGGGUCGCAAGUGGUGUUCCUUUGAUAAAUUUGGCAAAGGAACCUGCGUCACGGGUGAUUGUGGAGGUGUGCUGAAGUGUGUAGGAGCUGGUGGAAAACCACCUGCUACACUGGCAGAAUUUACUCUUGAUAGUCCCAAGGAUUUCUACGAUGUUAGCCUUGUUGAUGGCUAUAAUAUGCCUAUUUCCAUUACCCCUUUAGGUGGUUUUGGUUCUACCAAUUCAAAGUACUCCUGCAAGACCAUUCGGUGCAUUUCGGACUUGAACCGGAGGUGCCCUAAUGGCUUGCAGGUGAGGAAAAAUAAUGGACCCAUUGUUGGGUGCAAGAGUGCAUGCAUGGCUUUUAAUAAGCCAGAGUAUUGUUGCACUGGACAGUAUGGGGGUCCUCAAAACUGCAAGCCAAAUCAUUACUCAAAAAUUUUCAAGGCUGCUUGUCCCACGUCUUAUAGUUAUGCCUACGAUGAUCCUACUAGCACUUUCACAUGCAAGGGAGCUGAUUACUUAAUUACGUUUUGUUAAACUUUUCUACCAAUAUCCCCACUUACGAAUAACAAUAUCGUUUUCUGGCUGAAGAAUGAGCCACGGCCACCUCCACGCUU